UUUUCAAAAACAAUCCUAUGACAGGGAGAAAGGUUUAGAGAGUGAAAAAAACCCAAAUGAAAAAUGCACAAAAGUAAAAAAGUAAAACCCUAAAAGAAACAUCAACAGCUCCCUCCAUCGAAUAAGAAAGAGCCCAGUCGCCGCCGUUCGUCGGAAAAACCUGUACAGGCGGAUCUUCCAUUCCAUCAAUCUUUUUUGCCACAAUUUUUGCUUCCGGACUGUAUGGUUGAUAUUUGACGUACACACAUGGGAACAAUAAACUCUCUAUGGAAUUUUACUAAAAAAUUCGUCACAAUUGGUCUCAUUACUGUCACUGUAUCCGAUCGUUAUGUAACUGUUGUACCAGUUCGCGGUGGCUCUAUGUCUCCCACUUUUAAUCCCAAAACUGAUUCUUUCACAGAUGACUAUGUCUUGGUUGAGAGAUUUUGCCUUCAGAAGUACAAGUUUUCACAUGGUGAUGUAGUUAUCUUCCGUUCACCAUUAAAUUACAAGGAGACACACAUAAAGAGAAUACUUGCUUUACCGAACGAGUGGUUCGUUACUCGUCAUAACAAUGAUGUACUGAAGAUUCCGGAAGGACAUUGUUGGGUUGAGGGAGACAAUGCAGCUUCUAGCAUGGAUUCAAAAUCAUAUGGAUCUGUUCCCUUGGGUCUAGUUCGAGGAAGGGUUACUCAUGUUGUGUGGCCUCCUCACAGAAUAGGAGCUGUCAAGAAUACUAAAACAGAAGGAUUACUACCUUCUCUAUGAUUGUAUCCUAAUGCUAUUAUCUAACCUCUUCAAAGAAUAUGUGCCAUGAAAAGAACCUCACACCAGAAGUAUAAUCUUUUGAUCUCUAAUGGUGUUCCCUCUUGUGGAAAACCAUCUUUUACUCUAUUGGUCCUUAUGGUGAGAAUUGACCAACCCAUUUAUUGAUUGGAUUAAUAUAUACUGUGAAACUUUUCAUUUUGAUUACAUUUUAAGCUUAGUAAUCUAAGAUGGUACGAAUAAGAUGUGAAUGAUAUCUCAACUAUUUUUUAUUUUCAAGAUAAUAAUUCAGAGGUGUCAACAAAUCUUUAGUCCAAAUGUGUUGUUUAUCAAUUAUCACUGUAUACAAAUAAUAUGUACAACAUUUAAUUAUUGUUGUUUCUCAA